AUGACGAGCAGCGGCGCGACUACGCUCACGAACAAAAGCAAUGCUAAGUUUCCACUACCCGAUGGAUACUUUCCGCCGGUUAAGCUAACUCCGGCCGAAAUUGACGUGUAUGAACAGCGUGUAGUAAUAAUUAUGAAGAACGCUUUGGCUGAGUAUAAUUUGCACGAAGCGAUGGGAAUUCGGCCUGACUACGGGUCCCGAUGGACCACCGUAGGUAAUGUAGAGCAUCUCACUGCCAUUCGCGAGAUUGAUCCAUCUCGGGCAGUAGAGGCCUCACGCAUCUUUGGACGCGUUGACGGUGACUACCGCAAUUUCAUCGAUUUUUUUUACUCAGAUUCAGCACAACAGGUCUUCGCGGUAAAUCAAUUCAUGUUUGGAUAUGCUGUGGAUGCCGCUGUGCUGUGCAACAUCCAUACUAAAGCAUCCAACAAAUCUCACAAGUAUCUAGGCAUGAAAUGGGUCUGCCUGCAGCCGUCUCCCCUCUCACGCAAACGCGAUAUGUGCUUUCUGGAAUAUCUCGUCUACAGUAAAGAUCUUCAAGGUCGAGACGUUGGCGUUCGUAUCACGUUGCCUCUGCUCCUGGAGGAGUGUCCGCCGCUGCCGGACAAGCUAAAAACACGACGAAUUCAUCAGCACACAGUGACUAUUGUUCGACCGACGAAUAACAGUCCCGACUCUUCUGAGAUCUUCAUGACCUGUGAGGUCGACGUGUACAAGGGACCGGGCUUUUCAUCCGUAACAUCAUUUAAAAAGCUCAUGACCACAUUGAGCUCCAUGGCCUUGUUUGCGGACUCCAAGCGUAUUUCUAUGUAUGGUAUGCUUGAUCGCAGUAGUUGGGCACCGAAAAAGGCGCGUGCCAACUGCAACGUUUGCAACCGAAAAUUUUCAGCGACGCGACGCCGGCAGCAUUGCCGUCUCUGUGGUGAAGUGGCUUGCCGUCGCUGUAUGAUAGUUCGUGCAGCCCCCAUCGCCAAUGAUAGCACGCCUUCGAAUGCUCGUACUUUUCAAAUUAUCAAGACAGUGUUCUGCAAAGUUUGCAUGGGAAAGGUUCGUGACUCGGGUAUUAACAAUGUGAAGGCAGCUGACAGUCAAGACGAAGGCGUGUCCGACGCUGAGUCUUCCGGUGUGUAUGAAGACAAAUCCCGUAGCCGAAGCUUUGAUAGCGAAUAUCACUUAACGCUGAUCGACGGAUCAUCAAUCGCCUCGCUGUCGCCAGCUACCAAUAGCUUUCUCGAUGCCUCCCUCACACGGCAAGAUAUGACUGACGAUGGAGAGUGCGAUGUCAUGAGCCCCUUACAGGGAAUUUUUUUUAGCAGCAUCGACUCAGAAGAUCACUCAGAAACGAAGACAAGUGUUUCGUCUUCUGUGGACGAAGGCUUGGAGAUUGAUGUGGCGGAACCCGAUACUCGAGCUCUGUUUGAUUUGCGCCAUCUUCGAACGAUGGCAGGAGCCGAGCGCGUGGUAAAGGAGGUCGAAGAAGAAAAUCUUCGGGUUAUGAGAGAGUCGCUUGCAGCGCUAGACUUUAAGGCUGUCCGUCUCGUUGUGUCACCAUCUAAUCAAAACGAUGAUUCAGGCUUUGAAUACUCAAGCAGUCAGAGCUGUAUUCUCCCGCUAAUGGAGGAAAUUGAAGACGAAGAUGAUGAUGAUAUUAUCGAGAUUUUCGGCGAGUCCAGUGAGAUCGUGUCUAGCACGCGGCAGAUUGUGUCGUCUCCACUGGAUGAAACACUCCUGAACGACGGUGCAUUAGAGCAGGUAUAUUUUAGCUCCGAAGGGGUCAACGUAUCAAUUAAUCAGCGCCUUCACGAACAGGAGGUGCUGUUAAAGAGACUGGUUAUGGCGGCAAACUUUUCGUCCGGAAAUCAUCCGCGAAGCGUUCGCGCGCAUCAGUAA